GUCUCGGCGCCCUAUAUAUAGGGACCCCCGAAGGCAGUCGUGUGCCCGACCUGCAGCCUCCACUCUGCAGCUGUCAGGGAAGGCGCGCUCCUCUCCUCCACCUCCAAGGUGGGCUGCUCCCAACGCGACACCUUCUUCGCCUCUGGCUCAGGAUGUCUCCCAAGACGGCCUCUUCUCCAGCCUCGCAGGGGACCAGCGAGGGAGAGCCCCCCUACUCGGGCAUCUCCGACGACGACGCCUCCUUCUCUUCUUCCUCGUCUCCUUCGCUGCCCGCCGGCAGCCUGCCUUCCUCCCCGAGCCCUUGCCUGCUGGAGGCAGGCGACAAGGCGGCCCACGGCGGAUCGACCUCCGCAAGCGGCUGCGCCAAGGCGGCGAAAGGCCGUCGGGGUCGCGGCAAAGGCAAGGGCGAGGGGCUAGGACCCAGCAAGGCGAAGCGAAGUCGGCGCAUGAAGGCCAACGACCGGGAGCGGAAUCGGAUGCACAACCUGAACUCGGCGCUGGACGCCCUACGCGGCGUCUUGCCCACUUUCCCCGACGACGCCAAGCUGACAAAGAUCGAGACGCUGCGCUUCGCCCACAACUACAUCUGGGCGCUCUCCGAGACCCUCCGCCUGGCCGAUCAGAGCCUCGCAGCCGUCGGCCCCGAGACGGGCCCCUGUUUCCAGCCGCUGGGCGGCGGCCCCGACGGCCUCGCCGCCUUGUCUUGCCAGUGGGGCGCCGCCACCCUCGCGGCGCUCUAUUCGCCGGGCUCGCAAGAGGGCAGCCUCAGCCCGACGGACUCUGCGGGAGACGGACGCCCUUUACGGGCGCCCGGCGGAGGCCCUCCUUGUCUCAGGCACACGGCCCGGACGGCCUUCCCGGACUUUGUCUGA